AUGAUGAGUUGUGGAUCUCCUACACAUCCCAGUGUGCGAGGGAGGCGUUUGCUGAUUGGGCCUACUUCACACAAAGUGUUCAUAGUUCAGAUCCUAGCAGAUGGUCUACUUAUGUUCAGGUCAGACUCAAAGAACAUAGAAAGGUUGCGUUUCACACUGGAUAACACAUUUGACAAGACGCUCUGGUUUGAGAUACACAAGGUCUCCUUAAGAGUUUGGCAAGUGUGUG